ACACAAUUAAUAUGAAUUAAAGAAACCUGUCACCUUCUCUUUCCAUUCCAUUAUAUAUAAGGGAAUGGCUCCAAUCCAAAAACCAACAACACCGAACUCACACAGAAUUGGACGACUCAUUCCCUCUUCUUCAUUUGCUCAGAAAAAGUUGAUAAUACAUACAUACUACAAAAAAGUUAAUAUGAAUCAUCACAAGGCAGACACAGGCAGUGAUCCAAAGCUCGAUUUGAAGCUGAACUUAUCACCUCCAAGUCCAUACCCACCACAGGUGGAGUCCCCAAACGGUUCAGUUUCAUUUUCCUCCAUGGAAAUGUCUCCUAUAAGCUCAUGCGUGUCGUCGGAGUUCAGCCUCAACCCUGACAAUGGCUCGCUUUACUGUACCAGCAGUCCUGAGCCCGCGAAGCCGAUGAUGCUGGCGGGGUGCCCUCGGUGCCUCAUGUAUGUAAUGUUAUCUGAAGAAGAUCCAAAGUGCCCCAAAUGCAAGGGCACUGUCCUGCUGGAAAUUCUUCCCGAGGAAAUCACUGAGAAAACUACCAAGGAAUGAGACUGAUUUUAAUCAUAGUUUUAAAUAACGGUAUUGGGUAUUUAUCAGUAUCAGUGAUACAAUCGUGUAUAUCAGUAUCUGACGUUGAAAAUCUCGGUACUCAUAUUUAAAACACUCAUUCUAAGCACCUUGGUUACUUUCCCUUAAUUACUAGUUUAGUUUUUUUUCGUUCUUUAUGUUUUCUUACUCCUUUUGUUUUUCCUUUUGUUAUUUUGUUAUAUGCUGUGUUUGGUUGAGAAGAAAAUAGAAGAGAGGAAAGAAGCCUGUGAGAGUCGUUUGAGGUUGAUUUUAGUGUGAUUGUAAGAUAUUUAACUUGUACUCAUUUUCGUUCAUCUUCUCUGGAACGUACGUUUUGAUCUUUAACAA